AUGCUGUCGCCAGAGAGACCCACACAAGCAUACAACACCAUGCUGUCGCCAGAGAGACACACACAAGCAUACAACACCAUGCUGUCGCCAGAGAGACACACACAAGCAUACAACACCAUGCUGUUGCCAGAGAGGCCCACACAAGCAUACAACACCAUGCUGUCGCCAGAGAGGCCCACACAAGCAUACAACACCAUGCUGUCGCUAGAGAGGCCCACACAAGCAUACAACACCAUGCUGUCGCCAGAGAGGCCCACAAAAGCAUACAACACCAUGCUGUCGCCAGAGAGACCCAAACAAGCAUACAACACCAUGCUGUUGCCAGAGAGAUCCACACAAGCAUACAACACCAUACUGUCGCCAGAGAGACCCACACAAGCAUACAACACCAUGCUGUCUCCAGAGAGGUCCACACAAGCAUACAACACCAUGCUGUCGCCAGAGAGACACACACAAGCAUACAACACCAUGCUGUCGCCAGAGAGACACACACAAGCAUACAACACCAUGCUGUUGCCAGAGAGGCCCACACAAGCAUACAACACCAUGCUGUCGCCAGAGAGGCCCACACAAGCAUACAACACCAUGCUGUCGCUAGAGAGGCCCACACAAGCAUACAACACCAUGCUGUCGCCAGAGAGGCCCACAAAAGCAUACAACACCAUGCUGUCGCCAGAGAGACCCAAACAAGCAUACAACACCAUGCUGUUGCCAGAGAGAUCCACACAAGCAUACAACACCAUACUGUCGCCAGAGAGACCCACACAAGCAUACAACACCAUGCUGUCUCCAGAGAGGUCCACACAAGCAUACAACACCAUGCUGUCGCCAGAGAGAUCCACACUGCAGGCCAGGUGA